UUUAGCUUUCAAACUGAAUUUAGGCGGGUUUUUCGGUUUUCCUCCGCAGUCUGUCUCGAGAUCAAACAGCUCUGUGACGGCUUUUUGGAAUGAUUCAGUUGCAUUAGAUUUGUAACCUGUUAAACUGCACAGUAUUGUGAUGGGGAAUAACGGAUCUUCCGCGGUGUUUUCCACUCAAGGGACAAUUCACAAGACAAGAGUUCAGUGGCAAAGCAGCAGUCUGCAAGACAGCAGCAGCCUGCAGCAUCGCCCAGUGGCCAGUCGGCAGUACUGCAUUGUUUCCAACAGUGGAGGGGAGCGUCGCACCUCUGCCCCUCCAAUCGGUAUUGAGUCUCCUCGUUUUCACCCCCACGCCAAAGGCAAACAUAUCCGAUUGGAUGCACAACUGCGCCGGGCCACCCGGAAGAACAGUUUCUGCAAUGGCAUCACCUUCAGCCAGCGUCCUGUGCGUUUGUAUGAGAAGGUGCGGUUGCGCCUCUCAGGUGUCCACACAGGCUGGAGCGGAGCUCUACGCUUUGGUUUCACCAGCUUGGACCCCAGCGAGCUUGCCUUAGCUGACAUCCCCAAAUAUGCUUGCCCCGACUUGGUGACUCGGCCAGGAUAUUGGGCCAAAGCCCUGCCUGAGAGGCUGGCCAUGCAGGACAAUGUUGUGGCCUUCUGGGCUGACCGACAUGGCCGGGUCUUCUACAGCAUCAAUGAUGGUGAGCCCAUCCUCUUCCACUGCGGUCUAAGUGUUGGCUGCCCGCUCUGGCCAAUCAUAGACAUCUAUGGAAUCACACAAGAAGUUACUUUACUGGAGAGCACAUUUGCUGAGAGCGUGGGCACGAGCUGUCUGAGUAGCGCUCGACUCAGUGCCUAUCUUCCCCAGAGCAACCACGACUCGGCCAACUACAACAACAACCAGCUAGAGAGCAACCAGGCCGCAGCAGCAAAAUUUGCCACACUACAUCUCAGCAACUACAACCAGCUCAUCCCCUGCUGCUCCACUUCCUCUACACCCUCUUCAUCCACCUCCUUCAAUGUACAAAGGGUCGCCCGUGUCCCCACGCCCCUUGACGUUGACCUGCAUUUUCACCCAGUGCGAGGCCCUGACGUGGUUCUCUCGAAUGAUCGCACGGUUGCAUGUACGCACUUCCUGGACAGCAGCAGGACAUUGAUGUUCAGCGACAGGCCCGUCCGAGUGGGCGAGACGCUGUACGUGGAGGUGGGCCAUCUGGGCUUGCCUUACUUCGGGGCUCUUCUCUUUGGUAUGACCUCCUGUGAUCCAGGCACCCUCAAUGCUGGAGAGCUGCCAGCUGACCCAGAGGUGCUUCUGGACCGUAAGGAGUAUUGGGUGGUCUUCAGGGGUUUUCCUGUACCAGCGGCAGGCGAUGUGCUCAGCUUUACCUUUCUGGCCAAUGGGGAGGUGCAUCAUGGGGUCAAUGGAGGGGCACGCGGCCGUCUCCUGUGUGUUGACUCCUCUCAGGUUCUGUGGGCCUUCUUCACACUGCAUGGAGCCGUGAACCGGCUCAGAAUAUUAGGAACUGUUCAGGCCAGCCCUCCCACCUCUCCAUCAGUGUCUCAAGUUUCAACGCCUGAUGACAGUGACUCUGAUCUGGCUUUCACUGUCAACAGAUCCUCAUCAGCAUCUGAAUCCUCUCUAGUGACGGCUCCCAGCUCUCCUCUCAGUCCACCUGUCUCACCGACUUUUUCUGCAUCUGACGCAGCCCUGAGCAGCAAGAGCAGUGAGUGCACAGUGUGCUUCGAUCAGGAGGUGGACACCGUCAUCUAUACCUGUGGACACAUGUGUUUGUGUAAUGACUGUGGACUGAGGCUCAAGAGACAGAUCAACGCGUGCUGUCCGAUCUGUCGGAGACCCAUAAAGGACGUCAUAAAAACCUACAGACCAUGAAGGGACUAAAACAUUUUCUAUCAAAUGAUUCAGUGAAAAACUUUGGUAGCUGUGGUUUAAUAUCUGGACUAAACUUGUAUUUAAGACCGUGUAUGUAGCUUUGAUUUGUGUAGCAUUAAGCUCUUGUCCAUAUUUCUCUCACCUCGUAUGUUAAAUGCAGAUCAUCUGAAACUGGAGAUGAUUUAUGGUUUGAGAAUUAAUCUCAGUUUUGAUCAGAUAUUUCUAGUGCCUUUUAACGUUGUUUAUUGUUCCUCAAGCAGCACCUAAUGAAUUAGACAAUCAUAUCUGAGAUGUAUUGCAUAGGUAUGAAUUAGCAUUCAGAGGGACCUCAGAUGCGAAGGAAAGAUGUUUUAUUGUGUAAGUGAAUACUACACAGGGCUACAAAUAUGAUUUUAUAUGUUAUUUUAAAGGCGUAAAAAUGUAUUGUUUGGGAUUGCGGUGGUAAAGUGAAGAAAGAUUUGCAUUAUGACAAUUGAAGGGUUUGGAGAUUUCUUGCACUUAUAACUAGAGGUAAACUCAGCACUAAAACACAUCUGUCCCUCUAAUUGAAGUGAUUUCAGAUGUGGAUCUUGAAGACUGCAUUUUAAGUAAGAACAAAAAUAUUUUGUUUAUAGAGUGAUGUGGUAUUGUAUUGUAUUUCAUGUUUUGUUUUGUUUUUUCCGAAGAUUUUUGUUUGUUUGUUUUUGCUUUGGAAUUUAUGACAUGGAGAAUGUCAUUUUCUUCUUACCUAGACAUUUUGUCCAAUUAGCAGUAUAAAAUUAAACCACAAACAACAGAUUUAUUCUUUAUCAGUAAUCAUUUUUCUUCCUUGACUAUAAAUGAAACAAAGGCUAGAAAAACACGAAUACUGUUGCAAAAUCACUGUAGAAAUUGCCAUCAAUCCCAAUGUAAAUACAAUCCAGUGAGUAUCACAGCUGUUCAUCGGGGUGCAUUUUACUUAAUAGUAACAUUGAAUUGGCAGUGGUGAUGAUGGGAGAAAUGAUGAACUAUUUGCUUAAGUUCAAGUACUCGUGUAAUGGACCACAUGCCAAAUGUAACAUGUAAAAUAUGCCAGUGACCAGACAAAUUUGUUUAGUUUGGUUGACACCAACCUAUGAUAAAAUAUAUGGUUUUACAGUUGAGUUUGAGUUUCAUAUUAUUGUCAAUAAAACAGCCACAGUUCUGAAGGUUAUACAUCAAUAUAUUUGUUAAUAUAAAUAAUGAACUUUUGCAUUUCCUACAAUGGGAAACUGGAAAUUUCCUACAAAGGGAAUUGGAGGACCAUUAUCCUGCUGAGUCGAUCACUAACCCUAACCAAACACACUCUAACAAGAUAAUUAUUUGAGUUACUACUUGCAAAUUACAGACAGAUGUGUUUAAUUAGGGUUGAAACUAAAGUCUGCAGGACACUGACCCUCCAGCACUGGAGUUGAGCCUCAUUCAGACCUCUCAGAUAUCAAACACAUUUAGAAGAAAUUAAUGUUCUGUGACCAUUUGCAUAGUCAAGUCACCUUUAUUUAUAUAGCGCUUUUACAAUACAGAUUGUGUCAAAGCACUUAACAGUAUCAAAUUGGAGGAUAGAGUGUCAGUAAUGUACACUCAAUUUUCAAUUUUCAGUUAAAGGCAUUUCAUUAUUGAAUUCAGAGAUGUCAUUGUCUAGCUCAGUAUAAUCAUUGUUGCUCUCUAUUGGUAUAUUUAAAUAGUGGUAUUCCAUACCAUAACCUCUUCAUUUCAAGUCAAAGUUCAAACAUCUGUGACCUUUUCCUAAUUGUAUACUAAGAAGCUAAUAAAAUAUGUAAACAUGUUUUGAUUAAUACUUUAGAUUAAUGAUUCUCUGAAACAUCUUCAUGCAACAGCUUAAUGUAUAAAACAUUAACAUUAAAGCCAAAGAAAUAAAUGAAAAACUAAAACAUGGUCUCCAGUGCUUAUCAGUUAAAAACAGUAAAUGAUAAACAGCUCACACAAAGGUACACUGCGAGAUAUUAAAAUAUUCACAUAGUGUAUACCUAGAUCAUCAUACAAU